AUGGACGUGCUCCAUCAGUUUGCAGAGAUUGUCGGAGCACAUGGGGGUACACUAAGAGACGCCAUGGUUCAAGUGGAUACACUCGUCAAAGAGAAGAGGCCCCUGCUGUCCAUGUCUGUCAUCCAGUCAGAUGAACAAGUACGCAUCUUGACUGGUAUAACGAGCCUGCAACUGAUAAGGAACAUAAUUGCAGAAUUCACGGAUAUACGACAGCAAGUAUCUCCACGAGGUUACAGCCUAGAUGACGCAGACGCAGUAUUGAUGGUCAUGGUGAAGCUGUACCACAACAUUAAUUUCAGCUUUCUCUCCGUACUGUUCUCCAUUCACAGGACAACAGUGUCAAACCUUCUGAAGUGCUGUGUAUGCAUUCUGUCGAGAGUGUUGGGAGAAGCAGUCUUCUUUCCAUCAAAUGAGUCUGUCCUUGACAACCUGACCGUCUACUUUUCACCAUUCAAAAACACGCGAGUCGUAUUGGAUUGCACUGAGAUCACACUAGAGAGGCCAGGUGACUUAGCGUCACGCAUUUUGACUUACAGUCAUUACAAGAAGAACUACACCGCAAAGGUGCUAGUUGGUUGUGCACCAAGUGGAAUGAUAACGUUUGUUGGCACCGCUUUUGGCGGGCGUACGUCAGAUUCCUUCCUGACAAAGGAGUCUGCCAUCCUUGAUCAGUGUAUGCCAUAUGUUGAUCAUGUGAUGGUAUACAAAGGUUUCCUAAUUGAAAGUCUGUGCGAUGAUGCUCGCGUUAGGGUGGAUCGCCCUCCAUUUUUACGAAAAAAGUGGCAAAUGGAGAGCUCUGAUGCACUUAAGAAAGAGCAAAUUGCAAGGGCACGUGUGCAUGUGGAGCGUGCCAUCCAAAGGCUCAAAGCCUUCAAGGUUUUGCAACAAAAGUUUCCGACAGAGCUACUUCCUGUUCUUGACCACACUGUCAAGCUUCUCGCAGGCUUGACAAACCUGUCAAAACCAAUUCUUUCCUCUGACAAGUUUUUGUAA